UGCAUAGGUAAGCUAACGUCACCUUAUCCAAUGAUUGGUUCUUGGUGUUUGUUUUGGGGGCAGCUUUUGGCUCUGAUGUGUACUUUAAAACCAGGGGGUAAACAUCAUCUAUAGAUAGUAGUUAGGCUGGAACACACCGACUCUACAGCCAUCAAACAAGUUGUGCGUUGGUGGGUGAAGCAAGGGAAGGCAGCCAUGCAGGGUCUCGGGGCUCUGUGGCUGACUGUGCUUCCUGCCCUCCUGUGGGCUUCUCCGUUGUUUGUGGAGAGGGAUACUGAAGCCUCCAGGAUAUGCAGCACUGCCCCACGCUGGGAGAUAGGAGGCAAAGCACCCAUGGAGGAGCUCCACGGCCAUAUAGUGAUGGUGGCGCUUCUCAAAGCUAGCUGACACUUCUGCUUGACGCAAGCUUCCCGCAUAGGAAACUUGCGUGACAGGCUGGCCCGGAGCAAGCUGGCCAACGUGUCAUUCAUGAUUGUGAAUGAGCAAGAGGCCCAAUCCAGAGCCAUGUACUGGGAGCUGAAGAAGAAGGCAGCCGAAGGGAUCCCUGUCUAUCAACAGAGUCCCCUGCAACAGGACGUCUGGGCUGCUCUUCAGGGAGAAAAAGAUGACGUCCUCAUUUAUGACAGGUGUGGCAAGCUGACGUUUCACAUCGUUCUGCCAUACAGCUUCCUAAACUUUCCAUAUGUGGAGGCCGCCAUCCGCGCCACAUACCACAGAGAUAUCUGUAACUGCUCAUUACAUUCUAACACACCCUUUGAAUCGGGAUUCCACAAUUCUACGGGCAAUGACACACAGUCUCCAACACCCAUCCCUGACCAGGCCCAUGGUAAUGUAACGGUCCGGGCAGACGAUCAAGACGGUCCUGCAGAUAAGACCCAACUUCUACCCCAGCCUUCUCAAAGUGAUAGUGAUAGUGAUAGUGUCCAAUCCCAUCAAGCACACCAGCACACACAUGGUCACCAUGAUCACCAUGAUCACCAUGGCAAUGCAGCAACCACAGGAGACAACACACAAGAAAACCGUGGUCGGUAAUACACUACAGUCCAUGGACUGUUGCAACAAACAAAAAAGCAAUUGCAGCUAACAGAAGUUCAACUGGCUUAUCAUGACUGUUUACUCAACAAUGUAACAUUAGACAUUCAAUGCUAGCCAGUGAAAUGGUGGGGAGAAAUGUUCAAUCUUCUUACCAAAAACAGUUGGUAAACAUAACGGGAUGUUUUGAUGUUUCAGCUUCAUACCUCUUGUCUUUUCAUGGUCUUUAAGUGAUAUCCUCAUCUUGCCCAGUGGAUACCUUUACCAUAUGCUGACCCACUCAUGUUUGUACUUAGGAUCUUCAUCAUGGUAUUAAAUUAGCACAUAAUAUGCCUUAUUAAAUUAGCUUUAGUCAGACAUUAGACUGUGUGCUUUGCUAGACAUGAAAUUGGACCCCACAUUUUAUCCAUGAGUAGCCUACCUCAGGCACCAUCCUUGGGGAAAAGAUGGCAUCAUUUUUCUCAGGUGCAGUCCAUACAAAAUAUAACAAACAAAGAUAUGUAGCCUAUAUACUGUAUACGUAUAUACAGUAAAUAACCCAAAAAGAAAACUGAGAAAAGAGAAAAAUGUUUCCUCCAUUUCCCAGCUGUUGCAGAUAGCCUAAUUCAUUGUCAUCGUUAGAUCAAGGUUUCAGAUCUAUUUUUCAGGGCCCAUGUGACAGUUUUGCCUAUAGGCUAUCUCAAUGUGGGUCCAUUGUGUGGAAAGCUGUUUUGAUGUUUCAGCCGCAUACCUCUUGUCUUUUUUUUAUUUUCCUUAAGCAAUAUUGUCUUUGUUCUGUGAAUUCCUGUGCCACAUCAGUUAUCGUGAUAACCAGUCUGUGACUUGAGCUGAGCAUGUGAUGAGAGCUUCUGCAGCUUCAUGUGUGACAGGAAUAGGUGACAGGAAUCCUUGACCUUGAUGUUGCAUGUAAUGAAAUGUGCACUUUAAACCUCACUAAGGUGUGUGCAUAUGGAAGCUGUGUGGCUGAUGGGUCGAGGAAAUGGGUCAUCUCAUGCUCAAACACAUGUCAAGCAUCCUGGGGGUUUCUCAAAAUAUGCUAAAAUGUUCUACGUGGAUACACAGGCUAUCAAUUCUAACAGGAUUUCUUAAGGUUUGCACUUUGUGCAAGUUCAGUUGAAAUAAAAAAAAAGAUGUAAUUUCAAAAA